AUGGACGAGUUCUACGCAGACUAUUUCCAGGCUCUUCAGCACCAUCCAGUUGCGUCGAAAGUCUUAGAAGACAAGGUUCUUCCGGAGACGACUGAGAAGGUGGGUGUUGCCGACCUGAGCAACUUUGAGGCGGUGACGUCGGUGAUUGAAAAGCAAGCAAACGGGGCCUAUUCCGAAUCACCGUAUGCCCUGUACCAUGACUUGAAGUUAGCGACUGGCGCGCAACUAAUCAAACUUACAAUUGGCAGCGAGCCUUAUGGUCAUAUCCAUGGCUUUUUUCGGUACGCCGUGGAUUUGUUAUUGCGAGAAGCCGCUCGCUUCUCUCUGCAGCCUCCGUUGGGACCUCAGGACGCUGGUGACGCGUUUUUGCGAUCUAUAGUAACCAACUUUGAACAGAUUUCGACAGAUGUCGACGAAUACUAUGGCGAGGCUUACUAUGUUGUUUCUCAAAGUGGACCCCUGUUCACCUCAAUCACCGGUAAAGCCUCUAUCGAUCCUCGUGAGACAGAAGUUCACGGUACUGUACAUACCUCCAAGCUUCUUGCUCACGUGAACAGUACUCCAGAGACUAUUUUGGGCCUUGUUUCCAGUACUCCAAAUAAUUUCCCUCACCCAGCGGUUGCACCCACAGAACUUUUGUCUACCUUCACUGCUCCUUGUGAUACACCACUUGCUGCUACGCGGUUUAUUGAAAACGAUGCCUACAAGUCGUUUGCUCCUACACACGAUGAUGAGGGUGCGUUGGUGGAUGCGACUGAGUCGGUUGUUCAGUGGCUUGAGCGGGCAGGACCCGCCAAGCAGCCGACCCAAGCUGCAGUGCCGGUGUCCGCGCCGGUAUCCGCGCCAGUAUCGUUGCCUACAUCAGCUCCAGAGUCCUCUUCUCAAACCCCUGCAACGGUUCCUGUUGGAUUCCCCAGCCCUGCACCCAGUGUGAUUUCUGAAGAGAGCGUGUUUACUGGACGCGAGCUUGAUCAGACCUCAGUGCAAGCUGGUAUUGAUCCUCUAAGUUUACUAGCGUGGACUCCUGCUAAUUUUAUUGACGACGACGAGCUGCAGGCAGCUGCCGACGGAACAGAACUCAAACUGGCUGCUAGAUUGUUGGCUGAACUGCAGUUCCGUCAGCGAGAACGGCUGGCGGCCCCCACGACUGAUAUUGAUAUUAGCGACGAUGAAUGGCGAACUGCUUUCAAAGCUCAAAAUGUGCUGGCCCGGCUUGUCGCAGAAGCUGGUGUUUCUGCUGAUCUGGGCGCGCGGCCCUCGACCAAGUUGCCGGUUUUGAUGCGCAAUUACGCCGGAACGUUGCCUACCGCUGAGCCAAAGCCGCAACGCCUAGCUCAAAUGCCUCGUCGACGAUAG